AUGGAUCUCAUAUUCAUCCAAGUUGAUGUGCACUUCCAAGGAAUCUUCGCCAAAUACCCCAUACGCUACGCCGGUGGGAUUACUCAAAGGUUGUCAGACAUCGAUUUCGCAGGCAUGGACAAGAACAGGUGUUAUGAGUUUAUCGAAAGGUUCACUAGAGAAAAGUUUGAGAAGCUCUAUUACUGCCAACCAUAUAUUGAUUUUCCCAAAGGUUUCACCUUAAUUUCCAAUGAGAUGGAUUAUGUCGAUUUUAUAGCAAUUGCAUAUGUAUGUGGUGUUAUACUCCCUAUGUAUGUAAACCAUUUUGAUAAUAGUAACAUGCAAGAAUGGUUAGAUGAACACAUAGAAGAGGUGUUUGAUAACAUAGGGGAAGAAGUAAUUGAUGGUGCGGGAAUAAUUAAGGAAUUUCAGCCAGGGCAUUUGGAUGUGGAUGAGGAUGACCAUGGGGCUGAGGAUGUGGAUGCUUAUGACAAUAAGGAUAAGGAUGACCUUAGCAACCCUCACUUUUUCAAAAAGGAUAAUGGGCCUGAUGUGGACACGGGUAAGAAUGCAAGUUUGGGUGAGCCUUUGGAAGAAUACAUGGAUGACAAUGAAGAUGUUUAUCCUGAGUUGCCAAAUAUUUUCAAUGAAAAGCUACAAUAG